AUGGCCAAGCGAGGUCCCUUAAUUGCGCCACACGGACAUCGUCGUCAUCUCUCUGCCUCUAUCUAUGCGAUCACUCGCCCUUGGGUCUUCAUUCUUCUCGCAGUGGUGCUCCUCGUCUCUAUCAUAAUUAUUCACAGUCGUCGAGGGCUUCAUGUUGAACUAGGGCUCAGGGUAUCACAGGCGCCUUUGAUGGAUCUCACCCCAUCUGAAGUAUACCAGGAGGCCCCCGUGCAUCUUGCAAAGAUGUUCCCACCUCCAGAUCCUGUCAGGAAGAACUACGACGAGUGGAAUUCUCGAACGCUGUUAGACCUGCAUGCGUGCAUGGCCCUUAACAGAUGCGGACCGAACCAAAAGAAGGUCGCCUUGCUGGCUGCACAUUGGUUUGAGGAGGCGAUUGUGCGCGGGUGGAGAGGCGGUGAAGGCGUAUGGGCGGUAUCUGUACAUAAACACCUACGCGCCAUGGGAUAUACCACCUUCUUUGCCAACAGCUUCGAUGAAGCUCUGAAACAAUAUCGCAUGUUUCCGGAACUUGUCAAGGUCGUCAUUCGGAACAAAGCUGGAGAGUGUCAUUCAGACCCCAAAUGUGUCAAAGGACCGGAUAAUCCAUCGGGUAUACCUGCCUGGAAGAUCUUUGACUUUGAAUUUUUUGUAUCGCACGGGAACCACUUCCACGCCUCUCUGAUGAAAGGCAAAUGGAUCCUCUCAGCCAACCCGGAUAACAAGCCCCAGGAUCCUGGUCCUAUUCAAUAUAUCGGGUACUCCCUCGAAGACGAGUGUCGCCAAAUCGAGCCCCUACGCCUGGCCCAGCGCGCGCACCGUGCAUGGAUGUUAAUGAAACAACUGACGUACGUCUACGACUCGGCCUUUGCCUGGAACCGGUCCUACUUUUCCCUUGCGCACCACUCGCCCGAGCUCUCCGAGUUGGUAUUCGCCGGUGGAUGGAUGAUCGACCAGCACUACCAGUGGAAGCCAGAGAAAGGGAUCCUGACAGACAUCGAGGAUCCCGCGAAUGGGGUGGUCAAUUUCGGGCGGCUCGACCCAAAGCAAUUCCUCGAAGCGGUGAGGAUGAGUAAAGUCAUGGUUGGGAUGGGAAAUCCGUGGUGGAGCCCGUCGCCGUACGUCGCUUUGUGCUUGGGGGUCCCGUUUGUCAAUCCGAUACGGAACUGGGACAGACAGGACCCUUGGAACAAGACGAAAUGGCACACUCAGCACCCUUCUCUCAACGGAUACGAUCCGCCGUACGUCUAUCACGUCCACAAGGGAGACUACGAAGGCUUUAUCAAAGCCGUAAAAGCUGCCUCAAUCACAGAAAUACCCAGCUUUAUCCCACCGCAUAUGACCGAAUUUGUGGUUCGCGAGCGGGUGCGAAAUCUUAUAGAAACAGACUGGAAAGCUCUGGCUGCUGAGCUUCUCGAAGAGAGAUUAGAGGAGCGGAAGUCAGGCAAAAAGGCGUAUGUUUUCGAACUUUAG